AUGAGAUAUGCAGGAGGGUAUUAUUCUACAGUGGAGAAGAGCUCCCCUACGCGGCCAUUCUGGUUCGCCGACGGUGACAUCGUCCUGGAUGUAGAACGACACCUGUUCAAGAUACACCGAAAGCGUCUACAAUGUUCGGAUAUCUUCUCAGACAUGCUGGCUGUCCCACAGCCAGAUGUAGUUGACAAAGUGGAUGACUGUCCUAUUGUGAGUCUACCAGAUGCCGCACAGGACUGGCUUGUUGCGUUGCAGUGGAUGUACGAACCCGCUGCUUUCAAUAAAAUGAUACAUCCCAUUCCUUUCACUCUCAUCCCCAGCGCACUUCGCAUAGGGACAAAAUAUGAGAUUGGCGCUCUCCGUAAGUGGGCUGUAAAUCACUUGCGGGCGCGCUGGCCCUCUGACCUUGAACACAUGGAUACGAGCUCUCUGCCUUGCGCCGCCGAGGCGAUCGCUCUGGCACGCGAGUGCGACGUCCCCGAGAUCCUCCCCGCCGCGUUCUACGCACUAUCUCUACAACGAUGGGGCUACAACGCGGAGGGCGGCCGCUCACACCUCAUCCUGUCCCCUGCGGACAUGCGGCGGCUCGUCAUCGGGCGCGAGCAUUUGCAUCACUUCACCGCGCGGAUCCUGCAGGACCCAUUCAUGACGCGGCCGGAUGGGCCGUCAUUCGACUCAUGUGCGCAGUGCAGAGAGCCCCUGCAACGAUAUUGGCGUGCCAAGGUCGUUUCGGACCCGCACUCGCCUUUCGAAUGCUGGCUGUUACGAGAAUUGUAUGUGAUGGCGACGUGUGCGGACGAGCUGUUUGAGGCAACAUUGUGUGUGACGUGCUUGUCGUGGCACAAGGACAUGGCGUGGGCUAGAUUCGACGGUCUCAAGUCGUCCAUCCCUGAUUUCUUCUGUUUGUGA